ACCAAAACAAAAGAAAAUUGUGAAAAUACACAAUAUUAAAUUCGAUUCAUCAUCAGUAUUUGAAACUGUCUUUUGUUCUCUGAUUAUGAUUCAAAUUAAUUCUAAAAGAAAACAUUGUUUUCAAAUCAAAACACAAAGGACAUACGAUGUUAAAUGUGUUGUUGGUACGAUUUAAUAUAAUAAUUAAAAGAAAAAUUAAAUAAAUUAAAAAUGCGGCUUAAAAAUGUGCUACAAUAACAUACAAAUGGAAGUAUGUGGUCGGCGUAAUUAAAUAAAGGUGUUUCGUUGAAUUUCUUGGAGUAGACACCGAAGUAUCUGAGAAUCUGAAAUGGCAUCCAUACAGUUUAUUCCUGUUAAUGCAGGUGGCGGUCCGUAUACUGGGCAUGUUCCUGCGGCUCCUCAACUUGGUGCUGGCACCAGUUUUCUGGCUGCGUGCUCGGCACAAGCGGCCGCUUCCACCAGCACCGCAGCCGCUGCUCUUGCGAAGUGCAACCAGUCUUGCAGCCGCAGUCAGACAGGGCGAGAUCAAGAGCGAAGAGCUUGUCUUUGCGUACAUAGACCACAUAAAGGCGGUGAAUCCAUUCUUGAACGCAAUAGUCGAGGAGCGUUACCGGGCAGCAGUGGAUGACGCGAGGGCCGUCGACCGUAAAAUAGAAGAAGCAAAGAAGAAUGGAACAUUCGAGACGCUCGCAGCAGAGAAACCCCUGCUUGGUGUACCGUUUACCGUUAAGGAAAGCUGUUCUCUUGCUGGUAUGUCAAACGCCGUGGGCUGCCUAGAAAAUGCUGGCCGUAAAGCCACCAAGGACGGCGAAGCUGUAAGACUGGUGAAGGAAGCCGGCGCCAUUCCCCUGCUGGUCUCCAACACUCCUGAGCUGUGUCUCGGAUGGGAAACAACGAAUUUACUACGCGGGACCACCAACAACCCUUACUGCUUGAACAGAACGCCCGGGGGAUCGUCCGGGGGUGAGGGAGCGUUGCUGGCGUGCGGCGCGUCCCCGGUGUCGGUGUCGUCGGACAUCGCGGGCUCCAUCCGGCUGCCGGCUGCCUUCUGUGGCGUCUACGGACACAAGCCCACGCCUGGUAUAAUAUCAAUAGAAGGUCACGUGCCAACGCUGAGUGAUGAGAAGUAUCCGCUGUUCUUAACUGUGGGCCCGAUGACGCGGAAGGCCGAAGACCUACCCCUCAUGAUGAAGAUCAUGGCCGGAGAGAAUAGACAGAAGCUGCAGUUGGAUCGACCGGUCGACAUGAAAGAUAUAACAGUGUUCUACAUGACAGAAGCGACGAAUUCACCAGCUCUCCUCCCCGUAGAUGACAGCAUCCGUGAUACGAUAAUAAGUGCUGUUCGAUAUCUGGAGACAGGGUGUGGCUGCAAAGUGAGCGAGAAAAAGUUCAAAGAGUUGGAGAACUCUGUGGAGAUAUCGGCGUCGGUUUUCUUCUCCAUGAAGGACAUACCUAACAUGCUGCAGGACCCCGCCGACCCGAAACGUGACAAAAGCCUGGCACUGGAAUUAUUAAAGUAUUUAUUCGGCGGCGCCUCUCGCUCGUUGCAAGCGCUCGGGUUUGCGCUAAUAAACCGAACGAAACUGUUCAUACCAGAGUCGAGGAACGCUUACUACAGCCAGAAGGCGCAGAAACUCAAGGAAGAGUUCCAGAAAGUUCUGUGCGACACGGGCGUGUUUCUAUACCCGGUGUUCAACGGGCCGGCUCAUCGUCACAACGAGGUGUUCCUGAAGGCCUCCGGAGUUAUGUACUCGAUGGUCUUCAACAUCCUCGGCAUGCCGGCCACCACAGUGCCCCUCGGUUUCCAUAACGGUCUACCAAUCGCUAUACAGGUAAUAGCGGCGCCAAAUCAAGACAGACUUUGCUUAGCAGUCGCAAAACAGCUGGAGAUCGGUUUCGGCGGGUGGCGACCACCAAAUCUACACAAAUAAAUACUUAUACUUAAUUAUAAGCGUACUAUAUCAACAAUCACAUGUAUGACGUGGUUGCUUUUCUACUGGGAACUUAGAGUUUAGGUUGUCUCGCUCUAAACUGAAGUUUUUAUGUCAAUAUUAAAUCACAAUUAGACCAAUUUAAUUGGUGAUAUGUAUAUUCUAUUUCUUGGAGCUAGAGAAAGUCAAGAAGGGACACGUACAAGGAAAUUGUUGAUUUUAUUCUGAUAUAUGAUAGUUAACUGUUCUAUAAACUCAUUGUAGGUAUUUUUUAUAUAUAUAUUGAUAUAUGGUAAAGACAUUGUAUGAGAUAUACUUAUUAAAUUAGAUUCUUUCACUAUUUACCUUAAUCAUCAUAUUCAAAUCUUAUAGACAUCGAAUCGUCUACAAGAUUUGAAAUUGAAUAUACGAUUUUUACCAAUUAAUAAUUUUCAAUGAUAACUAUUUUUAAUAGGUAAUAUUUUGAUUUAUUAAUAAUGUUUUUGUAAUGGUUACAAUUGUAAAGUAAAAACUGUAAAAUGUAAAUGCAAGUAUAUUUAUUUUUUAUGACCGUUGUUAAAUUCCGUGUUUUGUUCUAGAUAGUGACUUCUCCCUCUUGACUUUUAUCUUGCUUUGAGUUCUAAUUGUAAGUCUAUUAGUGUAAGUUCGGGGAAUCUAUCUCAUACGAGUUCAUGCGGUUUGCAUUGGUUCGGUCAGAGACUGCACAAUGUAGUAAUUGUUAACAUCUCAGCAUUUAUUUAUCCACUUACUAUAUCUUAUACUGUGUGGUAAAUACCUAAGGUAGCCAUAGGUACUGCAGACCAAACAUUUUUUAUAGUCUUCAAUGCGAUGUUCGACCCAAAAUUAAGCGAGCGGGUUAAUUUAGUUAGAAUGUUUUGUAGAAACUCAUAUCAAAACAAAUCAAUAUAUUUUUAUUCAUCUGUUAUAUGUAAGUACAGAGACACACUUCAAUACUUCACUUAUUCGUGAAUUUUAAUUAUAUAUUUUACUCAGUAAUUAACACUAUGAGUAUAUAAAAUAUAUAGUCACUGGUUGGGUUAAAAUCGCAAUGUGACAUAACUUUGUCAAAAUAUAUAUAUACUUUUAAUGGAGGUCGGUUAUAUUAUGAAAUAAAUCAAAACAAAUAUUUUAUAUAGAGAAAAUUUCCAACUCAAAAGAUACUUAACAUAUUUUUACUAUUAUUAUUUCACAUGUAGAA